UGGGGGGAUGUGCGCUGAGAGAAGGCGGAUCUCCGAAGCACCAAUCCGCUGCGCUCCUCUCGUCGUUUAAAGAGCUCUUUGUGUCAAUCACGCGUUUUUUCAUCGCCAUAUUGGGUGCCGUGAAGCCUCGCCUUGUUAUUCUCUUCCCCUUUUUUACUACGACGCGCAGUUGACAGGAGCGGACCGUCGAGAACGCAGCUUGUGUUUUGAUGAUCGUCGCGCGUCUGUGUUUUCGCGCAUGCGGCGAGUUUGACUUCACUCCCGUGGGUUUGGAUCGCGUUAACGCAGGAGGAGACGCUCUGUAACAGCUGCUCGGUUUGUGUUUUCGACUCGAACGCCUUAAAAUGUCCAACGUGCGCUUGUCUAACGGGAGCCCGACGCUGGAGCGGAUGGAGGCGAGACUGUCAGAGCAGCCCAAGCCGUCGGCGUGUCGGAACCUGUUCGGUCCGGUUGAUCACGAAGAGCUGAAGAAGGACUUCCAGCGGCAGCUGAAGGCGAUGGAGGACGCGUCGUGUGACGCGUGGAACUUCGAUUUCUCCGCGCACACGCCGCGCACCGGCGGCAGAUACCGGUGGGAAGCGCUGGACGUCCGCUCGGUGCCCGGUUUCUACAGCAGGUCCGAGCGGGCCAAGGGCUCCGAUCUUCACAUGUGCUCCUCUGGGAAUAAUAGCGACAAUAACGUGGAUGUUAACGGCAAUCUCGACUGUCGGGUAACCGAGCAGAGCCCGGAGACGCCCGAAAAAGACCGAGAACAGAGGAAAAGAAGCUCCUGUCUCGACUCGUCGUGUCAAAGCAAACGCUCACACAUCUGCGUGGCUGAAGUGACCCGGACGCCCAGAAAGUCCAAAAAACCUAGAAAACACCCCAGCCCGACUCCCACAUAAACCCUAUGAGGGCUGACGUUGUGGGUUUGAUGACCUCAGUGCUUGCUGAACGAAAGAUUUUUGGGGGAAAAACGGACGAGCGAAUGGAGGAACGAGUGGAAAAUAAAACAUAUCAACUCUACGAGAGUGUUCAAGCACUGAAACAAACACUAAAGUUCUGGCACUCAAAGCAACUGCCUCGUAAAGCAGUGUAUGUAGCAGUGUGCAAUUAGGUUGAACUUCCUUUUUUGCUCAUUUUUGUUUUUCUUACUACCUGUGUAUAUAAAUAUAUAUGUUCCUUUUCGUAUGUAGCACAUAAUUAGUAUUAUGUUGGAAAAUUUCUUUUUUUUUUUUUCUUUAGGAGGUGUAUGGUUUGGUUUGACUUGAAGAGCCACCUUUGCCGUGUGUAGAUUAUUUCCCAAAUGCUGUUCAUGUUUAUUUCACGUUUUGAAGGCCUGUUUUAAUAUUGGCUGGGUAAAACAAUAUAUAUAUAUAUAUAUAUAUAUAUAUGUAUAUUUUUCUUCAGUUGAGGUACACACAAUAACAGUUCUAUGAAUGGAUCAGGUUGGAUCUGAACAUCUCGGCCUCUUUUGUUUUUGAAGGUGAUGUAAAAGUUGAAACUCUGAGGUCAAACCUUGUAGCAUCGACCAGUAUUACCAGUAUCAGGCACUUCCCUGGAGGAGACACGUCUCACACCCUCUUAAAUUAUUCUCUUGCUCACCUGUAAUUUGCGCGAAAAUUUCUACUGAUAAUAUUUUUCGUUUCAGUUUUGUUUGACUCGGUCACCCUUGAUUUAGCCUUAUUUUCUUGCGCAAGCGGGCGUUUUGCUCCACCAAGCGUAUGCAUCUUAAACACUCGACGAAUAGAUUCUGUGGUGAAACCUGAUGCAUAGCUGUAUUUAUAAAGUAAAUAUUGAUAUUUGAACAAUUUUCACUGCCUGUGUAUUUGUGUACAUAACUUUGUAAAAACACUGAGAAAUUAAAACUAACUUAUUUAUGUCAA